AUGCCUGGCGCGCCUAACCUCACCAUGGUGGAGGGCUCCUUCGAGGAGCUCGCCACCGAAUUCGCGACAUACCUCAAUAUUGAAGACGUCCCCACAAGCGACCGCGAUGCCACCCUCAAGACGCUCGUGGGCGCCAGCUCAGCGCUCAACAGCAAGCCAGAGAGGGAACUACAGGCCGCAUACAACAUGCUGAUCCACCUCAUCUCCCAAGCGCCCGAACCAGAUCCAUACAUUGCGCGCCUGUGCAAAUACCUCACCCAACCCAUCACAUCCUCCCCACAAAACGGGGCCGGCCUCGCUUUGGGGAUCCUCAGCACGAUAUUCAAUACCACUCAGCCCGACGAUGAGACACGAUUCCACAUUCUCCUGGCAAUCAUCGAUGUGAUCAAGAGCUCGGGUAACUUCGUCACACUUGAGCCGCAACUCAAGAACGUGGACAGCUGGGUGCAGGAGUGGGAGCUGGAGCCAGCCGAGGCGAGGAAACUCUACCUUGCGAUCUCAGAUGCUGCCGCCAAGAGCCCACAACAGAGCUACUUCUAUCUUUUGAAGGCGCUCAAGACCAUCCAAGACGAUGCCUCUUCGCAAGAAGCGCAUGACCUCUCCAUUCGCGCUUUGAAGCUUGCGCUGGAGAGCAAGAAGCACUUCGACUUCCAAGACCUGACUGCAUUUGAGAGCAUCCAGGCGCUUCGUACGUCGGAUCCAACUUGGAUGGAGUUGUUGGAGAUCUUCAGCUCCGAGAACUACGACGACUUCCAGGACUUCAAAGAAGCUAACGGCUCGUUCCUCUCCGACAACAAGGUCAACGAGAGCUUUCUGGAUGAGAAGAUGCGAAAGCUCACUCUCGCUUCCCUUGCUGCGCAGGCAUCGUCAACGCGGACAUUGCCAUACGAACAGAUCGCCAAGGCUCUGCAGGUGCCCGUUGGAGACGUGGAGAGAUGGGUGAUUGACAGUAUCCAAUCUGGCUUGAUCGAGGGCAAGCUUUCGCAGCAGAAGCAGGAGUUCUUGAUCCACCGCAGCACCUACCGAGUCUUUGGCGAGAACCAGUGGCGCGAGGUAGCAAGUCGGUUGGAGACGUGGAAGAGCAGCUUAACGAAUGUCUUGGCUGUUAUCCGGGCGCAGAAGGAAGAAUUCAUUACCGAGAAGGAGGCUGAAGUGUCUGGUGCAGGAGUUCAGAACGGCCAGGGUUACAGGCCGGGUCGAGGACAGAGAAACGCGCCCGAGCGGAGUCAGCAGCAGGCUGUCGAGGUAGAGUAG